CUCAUACGGAAAAAUUGACAAAAUUUGUCCAAGAAAUGGCAGAAGUUGAGGUGGCGCUAGUGUUCCAUAUGACCGAAAUGAAUGUAGCUUCACAAAUACGAGUGAACAGCAUCAACAGCAAGAGCAUCCGCUACACCAGUAUCAACAGGUGCAGCAGCUACAACAAGAGCAACAGUUACAACAACAACAACAACAACAAGAACAAGAGCGAUAUGACUCUCGAAGCAUUGAGAAGUCUAAACCGACAACAUGGCAAUCAGCUUAGAAAAGUCCAACCAUAA